UGCCGCGGUCUGCCACCCCACACACUCGUCCACAGUCGGUCCGUCGUUGUGUUUGUUGACGUUAAGCCUGUUCGCCGUCGCUGCUGUCGUCGUCGUCGUUUUUCGUUUUUGUUUUUUUUUUUUAGGGGGGCUUUUCUCUUCUUUGCUUCGUUUUGAAAUUGUUACAAGUUCACACGUACACGAAUCUCGGGAUCUAGAAAACAUCAUGCCCGGACGUUCUCUUGCAGCAGUAAUAUGACAUCUCGAGAAGGAGACCAAAUAUUAACAGAAUGAAGUAAUCGAAUCAGAUAGAAUAUUAGUUUCAAAACAAGUCACUAAUAUGCGAAUCAAUGGAGCUGAAUCACUGUCAUCGUCUUCAAAAUCUGAAGCCGUUACCAACAUGCAGACUGUAACGGCUAAGGUGCAAUUGGCUUGGAAUGACAUGAUUGAAACGGAAAAUGAAUCGCUGCGUGAACGUGUAUGUGACUUAGAAAAGAAAGUUUUGGAACAAGGUGACGAAAUAGUGUGUCUCCGAUCAACGUUAGCCGAUGUACUUCGGCGGUUAAACCAAUUGGAAGGCAGUCGGACAUUGAGUCUCAACACGUCGGCUCUGAAGAAUGGAAACACGCCUAGGGCGGGAAACCAUUAUGGCGGAAAUGGUCAUCAUUUGAUUUCACCGACCCUAUCACAAAAAGAAGUAACACUUCGCUAUAGAUCUGCAAAUGAACACCCUGUAUCUGCCCUAAGGGAUCCUGUCAGAAGAGUCCCCAGUCACAAUAGCUCACAUUCUUCUUUACCUCAAAGGAGGGCUGUACAUUACCAAUCAACUGGUUCAUUACAUUCCGACUCACCAAGUUCCAGCAGUGUAUCACCAGUACCUCCAGCGUCACCAUCCCCUUCACCUACAAGGCCUGCAACGGCUCAAAAACCUCAGCGUUCAAGUGGCACAAAUUUGUAUAAUUCAAAGCGGUGGAGUAGUACAGGAGAUUUUAAUCAGGCGCAAAAUUUUAGUGUUGCACCCCAAUCUUCCACCUUAGCUUCCAGACUUGGCACAAAGUCGUUGCUUAAUUUGAAUUUGCGAUCACAGCCACAACAAAAUCACAACCACCAUCAUUAUCAUCAAAAGCACGGGUAAGCAAAUGUUUGAAAUUAAUUUUUGUUGGUGAAGGGAAAAUGUUCUAACAAAGCAAGAUGGAUAUUAUUGUUUCAUAAUUUAUGAUUUACAA